AUGGCUAGCGCAUUGAAACAGAGGCUUGGCACUGCUCUUGCUGGUCAGGCCUGGCAGUCACUAAAUGGAAAUGUUGGUCUACGAUCUUUUGCCACAAAAACUGGUGGAGCUGCAAAGGCUGGAACCAGAGCGAGUGCUCCAGCAGUUAAAAAGAUAAAGGAGGGGCAUAGAGCACUAACUCUUAAUGUGGGAAAGACAGCUGGCAGAAAUUCAGCAGGGCGUAUUACCUCGUACCACCGAGGAGGUGGAGCAAAGCGACUGCAUAGAAGAAUCGAUACCAAAAGGGAGACUGAAUCAAUCGGUGUUGUGGAAAGGAUAGAAUAUGAUCCAAACAGAUCUUCACGAAUUGCCCUGGUAAGAUGGGUCGAGGGUGGCCAGCAUUCUCCCCUCAAGUUCAAGGAGAACAACAAACAGUUUCCUCGUCAGUAUGAGACAAUCGAACCGGUCACAACAACCACACAAGCCAAGUAUACACUCGCUUCCAUGGCGAGGAAUGUGGAUCAAAGAACAGUAGCUUACUACUCACCUGUAAUGCCUACUUCUUUGGUUGUGGGCGGCCUCCCUGUGGGGAAGCCCGUUAUGCAGGGCGCAUCGAUCCAGACGACUAGUGCCAGAGACAUCUUUUUGACAGCCUUCUCUCGAAGUCGUCAAGGGAAGAGUGCACCUGCUACUCCGCGGGUUGCGAUAGUUGGAGCACAACCCAAGUUCUAUGCCCCUCAGUUGAGAGGGGAAGGUGAGGGGAAGACUGUAUAUUCCCUAGACAAGGUCAGGAAGUAUAACAAGCAGAGCAGUGUCUGGGACAAUAGAAACAAACGCAAAGCAGCUGUCUCUUGGCAAAGUUGUGUUCUAUGA